AGAAUGCAGUUUUAGCAAUAACGCUAAUUUGAGACAUGGUAUUUAAUUUGUUACUAGCAUGCACUGGUAGCGUGGCUACAAUUAAGUUGCCACUUUUAUUGAAAAAAAUAGAACAACGUUUUCAAAACGUCUCAAUCAGGCUUGUGUUAACAAGGAGUGGAGAGUUCUUUGUUAAGAAAGAUGUUGAAGAAAUAGAAAACAUUGCAAGUAUAUAUCGAGAUUCUGAUGAGUGGAAUGAAUGGAGCAAGAUUGGUGAUGAGAUUUUACAUAUUAAGUUAACUAAAUGGGCUGAUGCUAUGUUAAUUUCUCCACUGGGCGCAAAUACAUUGGCAAAGUUAGCCAAUGGAUUAUGUGACAAUUUGCUUACUUGUUUAUGUCGAGCAUGGAAUUUUGAGAAGCCAAUUUUUUUUGCACCUGCUAUGAAUACAUUUAUGUGGAAUCAUCCAAUUACAAAACAGCAUACAGACACAUUGAUUGGUUGGGGAUAUGAAAUGAUUGCACCUAUAUCGAAAACAUUAGCAUGUGGUGAUACUGGUAUUGGUGCUAUGGCAGAAGUAGACACUCUUGUAGAGCAUUUAACAAAGUUAUUUCAUGACAGACCUUGCUAACAUUUCACAACUUUUAUUUCUGUUGCUCAAAUUAAUUCCUAUUAAAAUUGUAAUGUUGAUAUUCAGUGCUAAAUAUAGUGCAAUUAAUCUGUCAUUGAGAUUUUCUAUUAUUCUAUUUUUGUUGUCCUUGAUGUGCUGGUUGUAACAAUUUAUUAAUACCGCAUUUCUAUGUGUGAUGCUUUAAGUAUUACCUUUUAAGGCUUGUGUGCCUAUAUUCUUACAUCAUUGCAUGGCUCCUGUAAAAAAGCCCAUAGUUUCUAAGAAGAAAACUGCAAUCUUCUUUAAUAUUGCCUUCACAAGAAAAUAAAAGUCUACAAAUCAUAUUUAUAAAACAUGAUGUGACACGUUAAAUGUUUAAAUCGGCAUUUGAAUGUCUGAACAAAAAUCAAAUUGCAAAACUUUCCAGGUUUCCACAACCAAGGCAAAAGAGUUAUUCACAAUUUUGAUACACAUUGCAUGGGAGCUGAAAUUAUUAUUUCACAGGAACCUAUUAUGGUGGCAUAGUAGUUUUUCUAAAAAGCUAAAAAUUUUGUAGGGAAAUUAGUAAAUUUCUUACAUAACAGAGGGUCAAGACUAAAUUACUUUACCAGUAUAACAUUAAUACUCUUAGAAUUUUACCUUUAAUAACUUCAAUUUUUUA